CAAACAACCUUCACCUGCCAUUGACCCCAUCCAACCGCCGCCAUGGCUUCGACACCCUUCAUCUGUGGCUCAUGCGUCCGCGCGAUGCAGGUUAAAGCCCUUCCGACGGCGUCACUUCCGCAACUACGCCGAAGCUUCUCCCGAUCCGUCAUUGCCUCGCUCCCAGCAGAUGACGCCACGCGCCGUUCCCGCUCCGAUCAGACCGAAGAUGCCGCUCAACAAGCCGUCUCAGAUCCUGCCCAAUCCUCCGGCCCCAAUCACGAACCAGGCGCCAUGACGCGCCGGUUACAGCAAGCAACAGAAGACGCCCUGCUGACCGGCGGCACCGCGGGGCGCAGAGCCGUCCAAGAGGCCGGCUUUGACGAGGAGCUCAAGGCUCAGCUUCUGGAGAAGGUGGCACGCGCCAAUUUCGACGCAACGCACGCAUCAGCGCUCGCCGAAGCCGGGAUAGGUACCUCCCGCAUACCCGACUCUGCAGGGCUGGGGACGCGGGCAAUGGCUUCUGGCCCGGCGUGGACGGGGGAGGAGUCGACGGAGGAUGCCGUCUUGCGAAUGUUGGAUGACGCGAACAAACAAUUAGCGCCCGAGUUAAGGGGCAAGGUGAAGAUGCCGGAUCUGAAGCCGGUGGAUCUGCGCUUCCGCCGGGGCCAAGGUGCUGUCAGCCCCCGGUUGAGGGCGGCCGGGGCUCGGGACAAGGCGCACGCGUAUGCCGGGAUGGGUCUUAAAGACUCUGGGUUGAGCGAGGAGGAGAGGGAGGCGGUGAAGAAGGAGUUUAGCGAACGCUUUACGCCUGGCGCGAGGGCGCUGCCGAAUACGGUAUCGGGGUUAACGGCGUUGGCGAACCAGCGGAUUGAGGAUGCGAUUGCACGAGGGCAGUUCAAGAAUAUACCGCGUGGCAAAGGGGUUGAGAGAGAUACCAGGGCAGAUAACCCGUUUAUUGAUACCACCGAGUACAUAAUGAACAAGAUGAUCAAACGCCAAGAAAUCGUCCCGCCUUGGAUAGAAAAGCAGCAAGAACUCGCCCGCGCCGCAAGCACGUUCCGCGCGCGGCUGCGGCAGGAAUGGAAACGGCACGCGGCGCGCAUGAUCGCGGCCCAGGGCGGGACGCUCGAGCAACAGGUCGCGCGCGCCACGGCCUACGCGCGCGCAGAGGAAGUGCACAACCCCCGCCGGCGUAACCCGGAGCAGAUCGCGGUCCCGACGAAUGCGACGGAUGAUGUUGUCAUGCAGCGGCUGCAGGAGUCUCCUGCUUCUUCCUCACCCUCACCGCUCGCUGACAACAACAACAACACCUCUAAUCCAGAACCGGAUUCGGACCCGUAUGCCAGCCCGGGCCGCCCCUUCCGUGAUCCAACAUGGGAAGCCUCCGAGCAUGCCUACCACACCCUCGCCAUCACCAACCUGAACAACCUCACCCGGUCGUACAACCUCAUGGCGCCCGAGCUGGCUAAGAAGCCGUAUUUUUCACUCGAAAGGGAGCUGAACAAUUGCUUUGCGGACGUCGCGCCCGAGGUGGCGGGGGAGAUUCGAGUGCGUGCGACUAAGCCCGGUCGGUCGCUGGUUGACUCGCCGUUUGGGGGGACAGUACAAAGGAAGUCAGCGGGCGGGGGGUUGUUUGGGGAUGGCUUGCUUGGUGGGGCGACGCAGCUGUAUGAGAGGAAGGAGGGGAAGUAUGGGCUGAAGGAGUGGUGGAGGGAUUUGUGGAGGAAGAGUGCCCCUGGGGAGGAGUCGUGGGAGUCACAGGAGGGGAAGGUAAAGGUCAAGGUUGGUGGGCAGUAACAUGACCUACUAAGGGGGUGGUGAGAUCCCUCAGACUCAGGGGCUCGAGCGAUGCUGAGAGUCAAACGCUUGUCUAAGCAAGCCUGUUCUGGACUUCCAUUGCGUGGACCGUUUAGGGACAUCCGUUCUGCUCACUCGCACCGACCUGUCGUGGAUGUCGAGUUUGGCCUCACCUCAUCGAUCCGUGGGGAGGGCUUUACGGCCCGGUACUCUCAACCGAGCUCCACGAGGCUCUUGUCAAGACGAGCUCGGAGAAGGUGCAGUUGCGUCAGUUUCUAGCGACCACAGUGGCACUUGUCCACCUCGUGGAAAGAACCGCGGACGCCUAUUGGAGGGUGAUCAAGACUAAUUACCUAUUCUAUUGACAUGAAACAGCACGUGCCAGCAAAUUCAAAGU